AUGAAUGUUAAAAUUCCAGAAUUUUUAACUGAUGAAAAUCACCCAGUAGGUUAUUGUGUUAAUAGUAUACAAACUUUUGUUGAGGAUAGUGUAAGGCUAAUAAGGAAAUGUACCAAGCCCAGUAAAAAAGAAUAUACAAACAUAGUAUAUGCUUGUUCUUUCGGUUUUUUGAUUAUGGGAUUUAUUGGAUAUAUAAUAAAGCUUGUAUUUAUUCCUAUAAAUAACAUUUUUGUUGGAUCUUAUUAA